GUGAAAUCCAGUCUAUUUCACAUACAAGUCAUGAGUAUACUCAGUGAAAUUCUGACUACGGGACAUGUAGACGAAGAGCUAUUGGCUGCUCUUGACGACGAUCAGAAGCAAUUGUUAUUUUGUCAAAUGAGAAGUGAACAAGUCAGAAAAUGGGAGGCAGCUGAAGCCGAUUUUGAGAAGACAGGACCGAUGAAUCGUAAGCAGAAGAAAAAAGGAUUACGUUGGUUGACUGGUGUUGAUGGUGAAGUAUGGGUAUGGGUCAUGGGAGAUCAUGAAAAAGAUAAAACUAUUGAUGAGAUUCUUGAAGAAGAGAACAGAGAGAAAGCACACGCGUUGGCAAUGCGAGAACUUCGUGCUGGUGCCUCAGAUUCAGAUGAAGAUGCUCUAAUGGCUCAAUUGGGAAGAUUAAAUGUUAUUGGUUCAAUACAAUCAUCAUCAUCACAGAAUUCUCAUGAAAAUUAUGAUAAUUUGUAUCACACUGACAAUUCAUCACCACUUCUUCUAUUCCAACCACCACCAUCUUUAAGACCAGUUCUAGCUCCACAGCAACCACCACCACAAAUAAUCACAACAACAACUGUAUCGAGUUAUUCGACGCCACAACCACAAAAAGCACAACUUGUUCGGGGUGAAAAACCGCCGCUGCUCCCAAAACCCGGUUAUUUUGCCACAUUUUCGUCUUCUACCCCACAAACGACUACAUAUGAUCAGGGUCAACAGCCAACAACAACUAAUGGAUUCACUCCUCAUUCCUGGAAUUCGAGAGCUGAAAACUUGCAUAACACUAAUGGUGUUCGAAUGCGAGCUCCUCGUUUGGAUGAUGGGCAACAAGUUGAAGAAGUUCAGAAACGCGAGUCUGAGAUCUUUCAAAGUCUUGUGGAGGAACGUGAAAGACUUCAGCGAGAAGCUGAAAUUAUGGAAGAUCGUCAGAAUCCUGAUUGGGAAGAACAAGAACGUAAAGCUCGUGAAGCUGAAAAUGCUAAAAGAGAGUUGGCUCAAAAAGCGAGAGAGAAGCAUCAACAAAUGAUACGAACCAGUGAAAGUAUCUUACCAGCACUGAAAGAUCACAAGGCAGGAAGCUUGAGAGAAGCUAUCAAAAAUUUGCCACGUCCACCAAAGCCAAAGUCCCGUGCAGCUAUCAUUGAUUGGUUCCAACGAGAAGAACUUCCAAGAGGCACUGGACUGGAUCCGAAAACGAGAGCUCCAGCUCCAUGGUUCCAUGGUAUCAUUUCAAGAGAUCAAUCUGAAGUUCUUUUGACGCAUAAACCUACUGGAUCAUUUUUGGUCAGAGUAUCUGAGCGAAUAUGGGGAUAUACAGUAUCUUAUGCUUCACGUGAUGGUUCAUUCAAACAUUUUCUGGUUGAGAAGAUUAAGGAAGGAUAUCAGUUUUUGGGAACCAAUCAAGUCGUUCAUGAUGAGCUUUUUGAUUUGGUCGCUUAUCAUGAGACUGCACCCAUAACAGCUAAAGGCGCUGAAAUACUGAAGUGGGCUGUUGGACAGCCAAGACAACCAGCCGAUUACAAUGAGUUGAUUAAUGUAACCAUUCAACCAGUUAAUUUAUAUGGAGGAAAUUCUUAUUCAUCUCGUAGCAUCGUUCGAACCAUUCCAACGACGAUUUUGAAUGGUCCCGUUGGAAGAUUUUAGAUGAUUGCGAUGUUUUCGCUAUAUUAUUAUAUAUAUGCCUGUUACUUUUUCCUACACAUCUCACUCCUCUUUUCUCAUUUACUAAGUCUUUCAGCCUUUUUUCAUUUCCUUUCUCUUCUCAAAGAUGACUGUCUGUUUUUGUCGUUGAUAUGGUUAUUCGAUGGUCGGAAAAAUAUUUUUCAUGACUUGUAAUAAUCCCAUGUGUUCAAACCUAUCACACUCAAAUGCUACAGGUUAAAUUGUAAAGUACAUUCUCAGGUAACUUAUUCCAAUUAUCACCAAGCACCCUCACCCAACCGCAUCCUUCCAAUUUAACACACCCCGUGCCCUUUGUAUCCGUCGAUCUCACUUCCUUCAUGUGUUGUAUUGAAUUGAAAAAAGUUUGAAGCAAGUGCGCCCUUUCGGAUUCACUGAAUUUUUGUUUUGAAUAUGUAAUAGUUGUUUCAAAAGGAAAUGAUACGACUAUUAGCUACUUUAAAUUCGCAUUUCUUUCUCUUUAUCAAUUCAUUUCAACACUCGAUCAUCCGCUCACGCAGUUCAUCAAUAAUUCAAGAACGGGUCCCUCUUGAUCUAUGUCUUGAUUCAAUUUGACCAUUUUUAAAAUCAGUUUUUAUACGUUUCCACAAAAUCUGUCCGUUUUUCUCCCUGUUUUUCUUUUUAAUAAACUUUCGUUUUGAAU